UCCCCAAGUUAAUGUAUAAAAGCAGAAUUUACAAAUGCCAGGUGUUAGAGCCAGUUUGACGGACUUGGAAGCGCCAUCAUCCGAAAUCAACAAGGCCUUUCAUCAACUCCAUCACCUUGUUUGGUCUCUCUCGACAUCAGCAAGUGACUCAUUUCGUUACACAAUGACCAAACUGUUCCUCGUUCUGCCUACAGCGCUGGUGCUGCUGUGUGUUUGGGUAUCUCUGGGAGAAGCCAGUCCAGUGAAAUGCUGUACAACCUUUUCCCUGAACCCUCUUCCACUCAAUAGACUGAAGCACUUUGCCAUACAAGAUGCCACCACGGUCUGCCGACUGAAUGCUGUGAUAUUUACCACUGUGAAAAACAGAAAGAUCUGUGCCAAUCCUGAUGCCCAGUGGGUUAAAAAUGCAGUCAGUCACCUCAAAAACAAAGAGAAGCCAACCGAGGCGAGCAGUGAAGCUGUAUGAAGUGAGCCUCGUCACCCACAGGCUGUUCUGCCUUACAUUUCAAGCGUCUGAAAGCGCCUGGAACCUUUAAAAGAAGAUCACCCGCCCUGACAUCUGAACUGAAUGUACUGGAUUGAGUGUAUACUUGACUGAAUGUACUGAAAGAAGGAUUUUUGUAAUAAAGAUUUUAUGUUUACCUCA